AUGAAUAAAACAAAAGAUAAAAAACAAAGUACUACUACUACAACAACACAAAAUAUAAAGAUUAGAGAUAAAAAUGAAUGGAUUGAUCAUACUUUAAAGUUGUUGGAGAUAGAGAAGGAAUCAGAGAUUGAAGAGUCAGUUAGUUUACAAUCGACUCUAUCCAAUCGACAACUAGAAUUGAAAGGUAUUUGCAUUAGAAAGUUAGUGAUAGAAUCGUUCUCCACUGGUUUGGGUGGUCGUUGUCUAGUUCGUUUGGUUCCAGUGAAUGCUGCACCGAAUCAAGAUCUACCACCACAUAAAUUCACACCGGGUGAUGUCGUUGGUUUGAGAGCACUGAAAACUCAACCCGGACAAUCACUUGUCACCGGUAUCGUAUAUCGUGUCGAUCGUUCGCGUAUCACCGUUGCCUACGAUGACCUCGCAGAGAGUACCAUCGAGCAACUACAAGGUGUGUUUGCAAUCGACAAGCUUGCCAACGACAUUACCUAUCGUAAGAUGAGAGAUGCCAUCGAACGACUGAAAACUACCAACUCUCCAAUCACCGAUAUCCUAUUCUCCAACCAAGAACCAACACACACCAUAAAAAAAGUAAAAAUAUCAGCUGUCUCCAAAAAGCUGAAUCAACCACAAAUUGAAGCAAUCGAAUUUGCUUUAUCAUCAAAUGAAAUUGCAUUAAUACAUGGUCCUCCAGGUACAGGAAAAACAACGACAGUCGUUGAAUUUAUUGUUCAAGUUUGUAAAGGUGGUGGAAGAGUGUUGGCUUGUGGUCCGUCUAAUCUUUCGGUGGAUAAUAUUUUGGAGAGAUUACUAGAGUUUAAGGAUAUUGUUAAUCCAACACGUAUUGGUCAUCCAGCAAGAAUUCUAUCGGGUCUGACAAAGCAUACUCUCGAUCACAAAACAAAGAAUGGACAGGAUGCGCAGAUUCUCAAGGAGAUAAAGAUAGAGAUUGCAACGUUGAUGAAACAGUUGAAGGAUGGACAAGUUGAGAAAGGUGCUAGACGAUCGGUUUACAAUACGAUAAGGGAUCUUCGUAAGGAUCUAAAGAAUAGAGAGUUCUCAUUGGUCGAUCAGGUCAUUAGGAAUUCCAAUGUUAUACUCUCGACGAAUACGGGUGCCGCCGAUUAUGUGUUGUCGCGGUGCGAGCCAUUCGAUUGGGUGAUCAUCGAUGAGGCUGCACAAGCGCUGGAAGCAAGUUGUUGGAUCCCCAUUUCCAGAGGAAAGAAACUGUUGUUGGCCGGUGAUCAUCAACAACUUCCACCUACGAUUCACUCGGAGCAGGCCAAGUCCGAUGGUCUAGAGACAACUAUGUUUGAACGACUGAUUCAACUCUAUCAGGAGAAUAUCUCUAGGUUAUUGAGUGUACAGUACAGAAUGAAUCAAGAGAUCAUGAGAUGGUCAUCCGAUGAGUUUUAUCACGGAAGAAUGUUGGCUGAUAAUUCCGUUGCUAAUCAUCUGCUAUUGGAGAGAUCAACCAAGAAUCGAGUGGCGACAACUACCACCUGUCCGUUGAUGUUGAUCGAUACCAGUGGACUGGAUAUGGAGGAGUCGGCAGACGAUGAAUCACAGAGUAAAUUCAAUGUUGGUGAAGCGGAUAUCGUUGUUAAAUACAUUGAGAAACUGUUGCGUUAUGGAGUAGAACAAUCGUCGAUCGGUGUGAUCACACCAUACAACGGACAGGUCAAACAGCUGAAAAUGGUGCUGUCCAACAGAUUCUCGGAUAUCGAGAUUGGCACGGUCGAUGGAUUUCAAGGUCGUGAGAAGGAAGUCGUUAUCAUAUCGACGGUGCGAUCGAAUGCCGCUCCUCACAACGUUGGUUUUCUUGCCGAGGAACGUCGUAUGAAUGUAGCUAUCACCAGAGCGAAGCGUCAGGUUACAUUGGUAUCGGACACUGACACACUCUCUUCCAACCCGUUCCUAGCGAGAAUGGUUGAGUAUUUCAAGUUGAACGGUGAGUUGCGGUCGGCGUUGGAGUAUCUAGAAGAGCAGCAAGUAUCAUCCGAUGAAGAAUCAUGGUCAAAGUCUAAAGAUGAUGACGAUGAUAAAGUUAACAACGAUGAAAGCAACAACAAUGUUGGUUAUCAAUCGAAAGCAAGACAAUCACAGGCAGAGCUAAAGAAAGAGAAGCGUGCAAAAAAGAAAGAGAAAGAACAUGCAAAGACAAAAGUAGAUCAUGUCAAUCGAAGUGAACAAGAAAGACAACAGGAUCUCCAACAAAUACAAUCGGUGAUUGACAGUUUCUUAAAGUCAUCAAACUCCGUCUAUACAUUCCCAUCGACAACUACAAACUUUCAGAGACUUUUAAUACAUGAAUUGGCAGAGAAGUUGGAUUUACAACAUGAAAGUACAGGUGAAGCCAAUCAAAGAGUAAUAACCAUAACAAAGAAGAUAAAAGUUGAUCAUAAAGUUAACAAAGAACAAGAAGAUGUUGAUGAUGAAGAAGAUGUUGAAGAUAAUAAUGACGAUGAAGAAGAAGAUGAUGAAGAUACAACAUCAACUACAACAACAACUUCAUCAUCAUCAACUACAAGUAAAUCUAAAAAGAAAAAGAAAAAGAAUAACAAAUCAAAACCAGUAGAAUCAAAGAAACCAGCAGCACCCAAGAAGAAACAACCAACGGUACCAAAGAAAGAUUUAGGAGAAGAACUAUUGGAAUCAUUUAAUAAUAUUCAAAUUGAACCAAUUGAUAUAACAAAAUGUGGAAUUAAAAAUUGUAAGAAUAAUGUACAGUUAUUGGGAAGAGUAUGUGAGUUUUGCUCAAGAAAAUUCUGUAAUCAUCACUUUUUAUAUGAAAUACAUGGUUGUGGAGACAGAGCUAAAGCAAAGGCAAGAAGUGAUUGGUUCGAUGCCUAUGCCAAACAAAAUAAAGAUUCAAAAUCUCAAUCACAUUCAAAAGUUAAAGAUUCUAUUAAAGAAGCAGAAGCUGCAAGAAAAAAGAAAACUGAUGAUAAUAAAUCAAAGAAAAAAUAA